UGGGGGUCCUCGCCGCGGCCGCGUAGGUGUCUACAUAAGAUGCCGGCUUGGCUGCUCCCGGCUUUCUCCCCCCCAAGAUGGCGUCCAUGCGGGAGAGCGACACGGGCCUGUGGCUGCACAACAAGCUGGGGGCCACGGACGAGCUGUGGGCGCCGCCCAGCAUCGCGUCCCUGCUCACGGCCGCGGUCAUCGACAACAUCCGCCUCUGCUUCCAUGGCCUCUCUUCGGCCGUGAAGCUCAAGCUGCUGCUCGGGACGCUGCACCUUCCGCGCCGCACGGUGGACGAGAUGAAGGGCGCCCUGGCGGAGAUUAUCCAGCUGGCCACCCUGGACUCGGACCCCUGGGUUCUCAUGGUAGCUGACAUCCUGAAGUCCUUUCCCGACACUGGCUCACUUAAUCUUGACCUUGAGGAGCAGAAUCCCAGCGUUCAAGAUAUUCUGGGGGAACUGAGAGAAAAGGUGAACGAGUGUGAGGCGGCGGCCAUGCUGCCGCUCGAGUGCCGGUACUUGAAUAAGAACGCCCUGGCGGCCCUCGCCGGACCCCUCGCGCCCCCGGUGAAACAUUUCCAGUUAAAACGGAAGCCGAAGAGCGCCACGCUGAGGGCGGAGCUCCUGCAGAAAUCCACCGAGACGGCCCAGCAGUUGAAGCGGAGCGCGGGCGUGCCCUUCCACGCCAAGGGCCGGGGGCUGCUCCGGAAGAUGGACACCACAACCCCGCUCAAAGGCAUCCCGAAGCAGGCGCCCUUCCGAAGCCCCACCACCCCCAGUGUCUUCAGCCCCGCCGGGAACCGGACCCCCAUCCCACCUUCAAGGACCCCCCUGCGGAAGGAGAGGGGAGUGAAGCUGCUCGACAUUUCUGAGCUGGACAUGGUGGGUGCCGGCCGAGAGGCAAAGAGGAGGAGGAAGACGCUGGAUGCGGAAGUGGUGGAGAAGCCGGCUAAGGAGGAGACCGUCGUGGAGAACGCCACCCCAGAUUACGCGGCCGGCCUGGUGUCCACACAGAAACUCGGAUCCUUGAACAGCGAGCCUGCACUGCCCUCCACGAGCUACUUGCCUGCCACCCCCAGCGUGGUCCCGGCCCCGUCCUACACCCCCAGUUCCGAGACCCCGCCGGCACCGCCUUCCCGGGAGGCUGGCCUGCAGGCCCCCCGGCCACCCGAGGAGCCCAGCGCCCCGAGCCCAGCGCUGCCAGCCCAGUUCAAGCAGAGGGCACCCAUGUACAACAGCGGCCCGAGCCCUGCCACGUCCACGCCUUCGACGCCCGCCUCUCCUCUGACACCCACCACGCCCCCUGCCGUCACCCCGGCUGCCCAGACGCCUCCGGUGGCCAUGGCGGCCCCGCAGACCCAGCCCUCUGCCCAGCAGCAGCCUAAGAAGAACCUGUCCCUCACGAGAGAGCAGAUGUUUGCCGCGCAGGAGAUGUUCAAGACGGCCAACAAAGUCACGCGGCCAGAGAAGGCCCUCAUCCUGGGCUUCAUGGCCGGCUCCCGAGAGAACCCGUGCCAGGAGCAGGGUGACGUGAUCCAGAUCAAGCUCAGCGAGCACACAGAGGACCUGCCCAAAUCAGACGGCCAGGGCAGCACGACCAUGCUGGUGGACACCGUGUUCGAGAUGAACUACGCCACAGGCCAGUGGACGCGAUUCAAGAAGUACAAGCCCAUGGCCAACGUGUCCUAGGGGCCACUCGCCACCUGGGCCCCGGCCCACGACAGCUUUACGGUCAUUUCUUGGGGGUGUUCUGGACUUGUUUUUUAAAUUUUAAUAUGGGUUACCUUUUGUGUGAUUUGAGAUACAUUUUUGGAUUCAGUACUACAUUUUUGAAUGUUCGAGUUAGCCAAAAAAGUUAUAACUUCCUAAUUUUAGUGACGGCUCUGCUUAUUAGACUUUUAUCUAUUCUUUCUUAAAUUCUACUGACCACGAAGGAGGGCUUUUCCUUGCUAGUGUGAUGCUCUCCCUGCCCCAGGAGGUUGAGGAGACCAAAGCGAUGCCCAGCGUGGUGGAAAACAGGGUGAGGACGGGACGCCGAGACCCCAGGGCGGAGACACGGGGCCGCGGUCGCUGCCUGCAGCUUUUGUAUUUGUCUUUUGUACGGUUGUGAGCAUUGAGACCGGUCUUCUGGUACCUGUUUUCAUUGUAAAACUGAGUAAUUAAAGUCUAGCUUUUCUAAAGAAA